GGGGAGGGGGAGCGGAGGGUGUUGUUUCCCCAGGAGCACCAUCUUCCUCCGGCAGCCUCUGUCCGCCACAGCACAGCCUCGACGCUUCUCCCCGGCGGCGGGUGCUGUGUCUCCCCGGCCUCCCGACGCCGCAGGGAGCCAGAACAACCUGACCGCCCCACCUCCAGGCGGCGGCAGCGGCGGCGGCCCCAGCCCCGUCCCACCGAGCCCGGGCGGCGGCCGGGCUGGGGGCCGGGACCAUGCGCCCAGAGCGGCGCUGAACCCCGCGGCGGCGAAGCGGAGCCCUCUCCUGCCGGCAGACCCCGACCUGCGUGCGAGCGGGGCCGCGCCCGCCGCCGCCGCCCAUGACCCUGCGCUCCGCCGAGUCCCUGGAGAGCGCGGGGAGCUCCGGGGGGCGCUGGGGGCACCCCGGGGCGGCGGCGCCCGUUGCCGAGGAGUGCCGUGAGGCGGAGCAGCUGGCCGCGGCUAUGGAGGAGCUGCGGCGGGCAGGAUGGUACUGGGGCAACAUGACUGUUGCUGAAGCCAAAGAAAGGUUACAGGAUGCCCCUGAAGGGACCUUUCUGGUUAGGGAUAGUUCACAUUCAGAGUAUCUACUGACUAUAUCGGUAAAAACAUCAGCGGGACCGACCAAUCUACGUAUAGAAUAUCAAGAUGGCAAGUUUAGACUGGACUCUAUCACUUGUGUCAGAUCUAGACUUAAACAGUUCAACAGCGUUGUGCAUUUGAUCGAGUACUAUGUUCUUAUGUGCAAGGAUAGAACUGAAACACCUUCAAAUGGAACAGUUCACCUUUACUUGAACAAACCCCUCUAUACGUCUGCUCCAUCUCUGCAACACCGCUGCAGAAUAGCUAUAAACAAGAGCACAAAUCAGAUCUGGGAGCUGCCAUUGCCAACAAGACUAAAAGAGUACUUGAAAGAGUAUCAAUACCAGGUAUAAAUAUAUUUUCUAAAUGCCUCUAACACAGAGUAUCUUUUGAAUGCAAUUCUUAAAAUCAGCCAAAGAACUGAGUAACCAGUUGUACAACUCAGCAUGGAAUUCACUAUCAAAACAGUGGCAGUUCUGGGGGAAAGGUUUUUAUUUCAGAUGCUACAAAGGGAGACUUUAUGUAAAAUAACCCCAGUUUGCAUCCUUGGGGGUUUGACAAGGUGGUAUGCUAUUAUUGCAAGGAGAGAGAAGCCAGGAAUCUGUCCAGAUUGUGUUGCUUUGUCAAUAAAAUGCUGCACUAUCAAAUGCUUACUGAAGCAGUGGGACCGGGAGAGACUUCGUAAGUGCUCAGAGACAUAUGAGAGUUUACAAGUAUCUCAGUUGUGUGAUUCCAAGAUUAAUUUGGUGCUGGUGUUCAUAUAAUCCUAAAAUCUUAGUAGAUCACACUGUGAUAAUCUUGCUAAAGUUAUGCAACUAAUCAAAUCCAGUCAGAAAAAUGAUCAGUUUUUAUUGAACUACUCUCCUGCUUUUCUGCAAGCAAAGGAGUACUGUAAGUAAUCAGUCUAGAACUUUGUUUAUCAAAGUUCUCUGAAAGCUGACCUUAAUAAGAAUUGCCACAUCUUUCACAGGAACCUAGUAUAUUCCUGAUUAUACCAGAUUGGUAUCCCAGAAUCCUUAACAUGUUAACAUCUUCACAGUGGUGAUGUAUCCAUGCUAUUAUUAUUAAGCUUCUUUUGGUUGAGGCUUUAGAACUAUAUGUUCCAGGCUUGCAGUUCCAAUGUCAAAACAUGGAUAUCAUCAGUUACAUGUGUCUUCUACAGUGUAGAAUGUUUCCUUCAGCCUAUUUCCCAAAAUAUGGGGAGAUACAAUGUGGACUUUUUUUG